AUGCUGCUCUGGCUGGACAUGCAACAGCUGGCCGGGGUCCUCGGCAGUGGGCCCAGGCAGGCAUCUGCGUGUGAGUCACUGUGCCUGGCCAAGCUCUAUAACUUUCAUGUACACAAAAGUACAUUCCAGUUCUCAACUCCUCAUCUAAAAAGACAGUUCAGAGACCAGGACACGGUGACUGGUUUCCUGCCAGGUGGCAUAGGGGAGCUUAACAAGAACUACCAUCCCAAUUUCCUGGUGGUGAAGAAGCAUACAACCAUCAGUGAGAUCAAAGACACUUUCCAGCAGUUUCUAAAGGACGACAUUGGCAUCAUCCUCGUCAACCAGUACAUUACAGAGAUGGUGAGGCACGCCUUGGAUGCCUACCAGUGCUCCAUCCCAGUCAUCCUGGAGAUCCCCUCCAAGGAGCACCCAUAUGACGCCACCAAGGAAUCCAUCCUGGGCAGGGCCAGGGGCAUGUUCUCUGCCAAAGACCUGCUCUAGGGGAUUCCUCACAGCCCAAAGCCCCUGCCUCAUUUCCAGGCCUCUCCCCAGGCUUGCCAUCAGCCUUCUUUAAGUUAUGAGCCUCUGACUUCCAAUUCCCAUCUCUCCCCACUUCAUGAAGAGGCUAGGUGAGGCGCUCUUAGGUUGCUUGGGCUCUGCUGUUAAAGUCAAGGCUAGUUAAGGAA